CGAGCAACGCCCGCGGCGCCUGCUCGCGGCUCUAAGGGGAAGGGGAGGAGGAAACGCGGGUGGGGACGGGACGAGACGGGACAAGCCCUGCUGACGGUGGCUGCACCCGGGCGAGCGGAGGCGAGGAGGGCUGGCGAGCACGGCUCGGCACGAUAUAAUGUCUGCUCCAAGUGGCAAUCCUGUCCCAUCUGCACCACCUUCUUAUGAGGAAGCCGUAGGAAUCAAUGUGAACUAUCCUCAUCCCUAUCCCGUCCCUGGCCCUGGACAGAAGCCAGAUGGGAAGGGAAUGAACCUUCCCCCAAACAUGGGACAAACUCCACCAGCAAAUAACCCCGUUACUGUUCAGACGGUGUAUGUGCAGCAGCCAGUAGUGUUUUAUGACCGCCCAGUUCAGAUGUGCUGCCCUUCCUGUAACCAGAUGAUAGUGACACGUCUCUCGUACGACUCAGGAGCUUUGACCUGGCUGUCAUGUGGUGGCCUCUGCCUGCUGGGGUGUAUAGCAGGCUGCUGCUUAAUUCCCUUCUGCAUUGAUGCCCUAAAGGAUGUGGAUCACACCUGUCCGAAAUGCAACGCUCUUGUUGGCUCUUACAAACGUUUAUAGGCAGUGUUUAAAUAUUGAUGGAGUUGUUCAGCACCUCUACAAGUCCUCUCUGAAGCUUCAUGGAGACUUCCCAUUUUUUCUGCGCAUUCUAUCACUGGAAACCAAUAAAAAGUAAUGUUUAUUGUUAGAUGGUUUGGAUACACAUUUGCUUGAGAGGAGUCUCACUUAGGUCUGUGAAAAGCAUACCUAAUCUGUAUGGGCCACUCAGUCCAGCACCAGUGGAGAGCAAUGGAGUGUUUUCCUUUUUGCUUAAUACAGAACAGGUUGGUAAUACUCUUCAGUUAAUCUUGUCUCAGGCAUGUUACAUAUUAUGCUUGCAUUGAGACUGUAAAGUCUCAGCACAGAACAAGAGGAGGACAUGUAUGGAGAACUAUUUAGGCUCAUGCUUUGGCAGCAGCACUGUUUACAAGCUUGCAGGGAGUUGCCUCAGAGACAGAAAUCUUUUGUUGUCAUCUCUUCAUGAGCACUAGAAUUAAUUUAAAAACUUUUGUAGUUUGAAGAGAACCAAACCUGAAGGCUUCUUCCUUCUUGGAGGUAGCUUUUCCAAAGGGACAGUUCAGGUGGUUGUGCAGAAAUGGUGAAUGAAUCUAGUAUCUGAGUUUUCUUGCCAGUUUCAAGUCUAAUCAUGUCUCUAACCUGAAGUAAAGACGUUCAUAUAGAAGAUAUUUGUUCAGUGUUUUUUGUUAGGCUGGAGGCUUUCUUACUGCUGAUUGAAAGUCUGUGAAGUGUUUUCUUCACGCCAGUGGAAAUGCCCAGAGAGGCUUGGUUAGAAAACUUCCUUGUACAUUUACGUAAGUCAGCUGAUGGAUCAUAAACAAACUUCAGCCUUAUCUUAAGGCUCGAAUUCCACCUGAAACACAUAAAUAAAACACCCCGGCUUUUAGUUGGUGAUCUGCUCAUUAAUUAUUGUUUCUUUAUUAAGAAGGUAAAAUGUGUGUUAAGGAGUUUCUCUGAUUUUUCUAAAUUCAAUGAAAGAUGAGUUCUGCUUUUAGAAACUUAAGCUGGUUAUGCUUAUUUAAUACGAUAAUCACAAAAAAUUAGGGAAAUGAGGCUCUGAAGGUUAAAGUCAUUUCUGUGCCGUAAGAAAUGGAUCAAUUACCAUAAGCAAUUGGAUCAAACAGCAUUUUGAUGCAUCUCACAGAAUCCGAACCACAAAGUCAUCUGGGUUAGAAAACGCAUUUGAGAUCAUCAUGUCCAGCCUGUGUCGUAGAUGCCACCUUAUUAACUAGACCAUGGUGCUGAAUAUCACACCCGAUCUUUUCUUAAACACCUCCAGGGAGAGUGACACCAUCUCCCUGGGCAGCCCAUUCCAACAUCGGAUCACCCUUUCUGGAAAAAUCUUCCUGGUAAUGUUCAACCUAAAUGAUGCCUGUCCAGAAAAGGAAGACAGGUGUUAAAACAAGACUGUGUUGGUAACACUGUAUUAAUAUCUGUAAAAGUAAAAAGCUAAAAUAAAUACAAAUAAAAAAUAUUGCAUUUACUGUUCUUGCCAAAUGUGCCUUCUGUAUAUAUUUGGUAUAAGUUAGUUUUUCAAAAGUCUUUCAAUACUUUAUGUUUGAAAUCCAGUUAUUUUGUAGAUCAUGUACAAUCUGCAGGCUUUGUCUUAAUUAGGUUUUGUAAACUGAUGCUGCUUGUGAGCCAGUCUGCAAGUGAUUUAAGAGCUUCCUUGUGUAUUUGGAAAAGCUUUCUGGUCUCCUCAUGUUGUAAGAAUGUAUAUCAGCAGCUACUCACUGGCAAGAGGAUGAUGGAGAUAAAAAGCUGGUAGUUUUGUCUACUGGUGCACCACCAUAGUGCUCUCCUGUGUUCUUGAAGGGCUUGGGUGAUGCUGCAUUGAAUUUUCUGUUCUGGUUACACGAGCAAGUCCUUUGCCUUACUGGGUGUCACAGAAAAUGUGCUUCUUGUCAGUUUAUUGUAGAGCGAGACAAAAAGAAGCAAUGAAGCUCGCAGUGUUUCCAAACUUGGGAUUUGCUUGCAUGGUGGGAAGGAUUUUUCAUUCUCUUAGUACCUUGUUGGUCUGGUCUGGAUAAUACUGCCAUAUAUUAAUUUGAUAAGUCUUCCAAUUGUUAUUACCUUAGCUCCCCUUUUCUCUCAAAGUGAUGGCUGGAAAAUCUGAGGUGGUGGCACCAGAAUGCAAAACACAGGAAAAAAUUUGUUUUGAUUUAUGUGGACAGUCCAUUGAUUCUCUUUAAGUUCCUUGUGUGGGUUGAGAAUAGGACACACAAUGUUGGCAGCUCAUCCAUCUAAUUCAGCCUUCUGCAAGGCUUUCUGCUGCUCCUUCUAUAGUUGUGUUUCCUUAAACGCAAAGUCUCCGUUUGUUCUCUUGUGUAUGGAAUAAUCUACAGACUGUGCCAAAGUAACCUGCUUUGUUAAACCUACCUUGGACAAACAAAUGCAGGAUAUAACUUGCUUUGUGUGAAAGCGCUUUGUGUUUGAUUAUGUUGAAGUUACUGUUUGUUUUUAAAACUGACUCUGUUUAAAAUAAAAACUUUGUCUUUCCUA